UUUUUUCUGAGUCUGUGAAAACACCAUAAAAAGUCUUUUAGAAAAUCUCUGGACUUUAUGAAAAGAAUGACAUUCUCUAAAUAAGUUUCCUAAGGCCAUGACAGUCUUUGAAAGACUCUUCUAUCUUUCUCUCUCUAAUAAAAACUCCACCCCUUGAAUUUGUGUUCUCUGCGUCAAUGGAAGUUGCAUAUUAGUGAGCCUCACGUUCUUUCUCUCUUUCUUUCUCUCUCUCUCUCUCUCUCUCUCCCCAUAUAAUUUCGGAUCACCACACGACCGUUUCUCACUCAGUUUUUGUUUUUUUGACUAAACAUAAAAAAAAAAAAAGGCCCCUAAACCACCCAUCCCUUCUCUCUCUCUCUCUUCCUUUUGAGAUUUUCAACAACAACCCACCACACAAAGCUAGGAGACAAUUGCAGUGUGUUUUUUCUUUUUUUCAUAACAUUUUGUCUUUAUUUGUUCUUAUUGUUUGUGGGUCUUUUGUGCUUUUCAUUUUCUUUUAGCUCAUAGUUGUUGGAUAAUUCUGAAGCAUUGACAAUUCUUGCCUUUUUGUUCUUCUUUUCUGGGUUUUUGUUUUCAUACAAAAAAAAAAUUCAUUUCGUUUCUAAGAACCCUGCUUUUUCCUUCCCUGCCUCUCUCUCUGCAUUAGUUUCUGUCCCAUUUUUUCUUGCUGGGAUUUCUCUAAAUUCUUCUUCUUGGUUUUUGUUUUGUUGGCUUUCUUGGUUUUUGGGUCUUUUUUUUCUCUACCUGUGGAAUUUGGUAAUUGCUUAAUUACUGUUUCCAUUGUUGACUGGUUGAUGAGUUGAAUGUCUUUGGGUGCUGAGGUUGUUUCAAGUUCCAAGAAUAUGGGGUUUGAUGACAACAAGAAGAAUGAGGGUGGAGAAAAGAGUGAAAAUGAAACGGUGCAAGCAAAUCAAGAAGGUGGUGGUGAUGAGGGAGGAGAGAGAGUAGGAAGACAAAUGAGUGAGAGUUCUCUGUAUGCAACUGAUCAGGAGGAAGAAGAUGAUGAUGGGAACAAAUUACAGUUGGGUCCUCAAUACACCCUUAAAGAACAGCUUGAGAAGGAUAAGGAUGACGAGAGUUUGAGAAGGUGGAAGGAACAGCUUCUUGGGGCUGUGGAUAUUGAAAGCGUUGGAGAGACCCUUGAGCCAGAAGUGAAGAUCACUGAACUGUCAAUCAUUUCUCCUGGACGAGCUGACAUUGUUCUUCGCAUUCCUGAAGAUGGAAAACCGAAAGGUUUAUGGUUUACUUUGAAAGAAGGCAGUCGUUAUAACCUGAAAUUUGCUUUCAAGGUCAGCAAUAAUAUUGUAUCUGGCCUCAAAUACACCAAUACUGUUUGGAAAACUGGUAUGAAGGUGGACAGUGCAAAAGAGAUGAUUGGGACCUUCAGUCCCCAGCCAGAGCCGUACACACACGUGAUGCCAGAGGAAACCACACCCUCUGGCAUAUUUGCCAGAGGAUCAUAUUCUGCAAGAUCAAAGUUUGUUGAUGAUGAUAACAAGUGCUACUUGGAAAUCAACUACACCUUUGAUAUUCGAAAGGAAUGGGCUGCAACUUAAAACAGAGAACUAACCAACAAGUACUACCAUAACUCCCUCAUUCCGUUGAUGUUACUAUGCCACAAUUAGUUUUAGAUUUUUGUGUUCCCAUUAAUCAAAUAUUCGACGAUAAGUUCCAUAGUUAUGUUACUACUACAUUCUUGUCCCACGAUUAAUUUCCAUAACAUUGGAGUGUAAGAAAAAGAGAGAGACAGAGAGAGAGAAUUUAGAGUGAGGGGAAUUCUUUGGUAACUACCUUUAAUAAAAGACAAAGCUUAGCCUGUCUUUUUGAUACUCUGCUUUUGCUGCUGCCUUUGCAUCUGCUUAUUAAUGGAGUGACUCAAAUUUUUGUA